GUGGGGGGGAGAGGACGGGGAUCUUACGGUGCGGGGGGUUCGGAGGAACGUGAGCCACGUGAGGUGCAGAGCUGGGCGCAGCUCCGUGCUCUUGGGGCCCCGACACUGUCUGCAUUCCAACCAAAACAAGAGGAUGUGAGGAUGAGGGGCGAGAUAGACAGCCAAAAGCUGGAGCUCGAAGGAACCACAGCCAGCUGGGGAAAGGGGCAAUGGGGGAAGCGUGCGACAACAAACCGAAGUGGCGCUUUCCCGCUUGAAAGAUUAGGGGCCAGUGAACAUCUCAAAGAAGACAUUGGGAUGGCUGACUCUCUGACUUCGUUUGCCUUAGGAGAUGAAAGCUCGGAAGAGGAAGAUGCCGCAACAGGUGGCAGAGGUGCGAUGACAGCUGGCGAGGGCGCUUUCUUCCGCCCCGCUUCCUCGCUCCAUGCCCCAGUAGAAAACGUGUACCCCCUAGAAAGAAAGGUUGUGAAGGAGGUGUGGCGGCCCGGGGUUGGGAAGUUCUUGCUGGAGGACAGGUCGGAAGAGAGGCAGGCGGAAAGGCAAAUGCGAAACGACCUCUGGCGCUUGCUAUUGCAAGAGCUGUUGCUGCUGGGGCAGCACGUUUCUCCCUGGGAGCUGCUCAAUGAGAUGGGACCAGACCUAGGGCCCUUCGAGUUCACGCAGAUCAUCAAGCAGAUGUCGCAGCAGGAGCGGCAGGUGGGCUGGGUGCGCUCGCUGCAGACGUUCCUGUGGCUGCAGUCGCACGACCCCGCCAAGGCCAACAACCGCGUCUACACCGCAAUCAUCGACACCCUCGGACGCGCCGGACAGCUCGAGAUUGCAAUCCACCUUUGGGAGGACAUGUCUCGGCGGGGGAUUCCCCGUGAUGCCAUCCUCGCCAAUGUGAUGCUGGCUGCGUUGGUCCGAUCCCACCACUACCAUGCGGCGCUUGAGUUGUUCUACGAAGUCCAGGAUCCAAAAAGCGGGUUCACUCCGGACGUGUAUACUUACAGUACCGUUAUCGAUGCCUGCGCACGGGGGAGGAUUGGGCUCGAGCAGUCGCUAGGGCUAUUCCGACAGAUGAUCGCUGCCGGCAUUGCCCCCGAUCUAGUUGUUUGCAACAAUAUCCUGCGGGUGUGCGCUACCGAGGGCGCUUUCGGCGAGGCGGCGAACUUGAUUGACACCAUGAAGGCUUCGGGACUGGCGCCCAAUGUGGUCUCGUACAACAUCCUGAUAAGCGCGUUCUGCAAGCGGAAAGAGCUCGACAAAGCAUUCGAGGUGUUUCAAGAGAUGAGGCGGGAGGGCGUUCCUCCCGACUUCAUCGUUUACCGGACCAUGGCGGACGCUCUGCGGAGAGAAGGCUUUGUCCAAGAUGCGGACGUCCUGUACGAAGAAAUGAACCGACUGGGGCUGACGCAAGCGAACGUCAGCAGGAAGGGACCCUUCCGGAACGAACCCCCCAGAGAAGCAAAAGAGCAGCCGGUUAGCACGCCAACGAACUGGAAUGAGAGUGAGAUUUUCUGACAGAAACACCUUCGCGAAUCAUAAGAGCUCUUUGCUGGAUUGCGGGCAUAUUGAUGCGCGUUGAGGUUUGAAUGUUGAUUAAGCAACUCGGCUGUCAAAUAGAUGUGGAAGUUAUGCACGAAUCUAGAUUCAAGCACUGCUACUGCAUAAGCUUGUCGGCCGUUGCAGCCCGCACCUUGUCACCAAUCAUCAGUGAUAUCCUUUUAGUCUUCGGGUGGUCAUCAUUCCCGGUACAAACAUUAUACGC